AUGUCUUCUCCGUCGUUCGCAAUCACGCUCGAAGAGCACACUGCUUUUCCAUCUCUUGGAACUGAAAGUGUAUUCUAUGACGACAUAUGGAAGGUAUUCCCACAGACAAAAGAGGCCCUUGAAGACCAUUCUACUGGUCGCUUAGCAGAUAUGGACGAGGGCCAUAUAUCAUACCAAAUACUUUCUCACGUUACCGGUUUGAGCAACUACAACCCAGAGGGCACUCGGAAGGCAAAUGACGAGAUGGCCGAGGCUAUCAAGAAGAACCCCAGUCGCUUGGGUGGCUUCGCUGCCCUUCCUAUGGCGCACCCUCGAGCUGCAGCUGCAGAGCUGGAACGAACAGUGAAUGAGUUAGGAUUUUUCGGUGCUAUGAUUGAUAGCCACCUAGGGGACAUGACUCACUAUGACCACGAGAGAUUCUGGCCUGUUUUUGAGACAGCUGAACGGCUCAAUGUGCCCAUCUAUAUUCACCCAGCAAUACCCCCAGAAUUUGUGCAGAAAGGGCUGUAUAACGGCAACUACUCCCCUGUUAUUGCACAAGGAUUGGCAACGGGCGGAUGGGGUUGGCACCAAGACGUCGGGAUCCACGUUCUCAAACUCUACUCUGCGGGUCUAUUCGCCCGCUUCCCCCGGUUGAAGAUUAUCAUCGGGCAUAUGGGCGAGUUACUCCCCAUAAUGAUCGACAGGGUGGAUUCGAUUCGGUUCUACGAAAAGAGUGGGUUGGAACCAUUCCGUGACGUCUGGGACAGGAAUAUAUGGGUGACUUCGAGUGGUAUAUUCAGCGUCAGAACUCUUGAAAUGGUCCUGAAGAUAACAAAGAAAGACCGAAUCUUAUAUAGUAUCGACACACCAUUCAGCAAGAGUAUUGAAGGGUGGAAGUAUCUUCAGAAGCUGGCAGAAGAGAGUUCGCUCUCGAAGGAGGAAUUGGAUAUGUUUGCAUUUGGAAAUGCCAAAAAGUUGUUCAAACUGGACUUGGAGCUCAAACAAUUCUGA